AUUUCAUAUAUGCUGCUCCAGCCAAUAUCACAAAAAUAUGCAUGAGGAACACACCAUCUUAGAAAAAGGGUUUUUUCGUGCCUGCCAAAGUAGCGUGCCUGCUGUGAAGGAUCACCUAUUUAAAGCUGUGAGACUUGAGAACAAAGAGGUGGAAGUUGACUUUGCAUGUGGUAAAAACUGUUGCUUACGGAUGCAAUAACUUUGAAUCCUCUGAAAAUUGAAAAUCUUGGAGUCAUCUCAAUUCCAGUAUCUGUUCAGGACAUAAAAAAGCUGAAAGAAAUAUCUGAAGUAGCUUGUUACGGCAAACAACUGAACAAGCUUUUGGACUCCUCAAAACAGCUGGCGUUGGAAAUUAAUUCUUCAAAACUUACCUGUACAAUUUCUGACGACAAGAAAGUUAAAUCUUCAAACUAAAUUUCGCAAUGGGUUGAUUUGGAAGACAUCUCUAGGAAGUUGAGGAUUGAUAUAAUAAAUUGGAAGAAGCAAUGUGUUGGACCUUGUAGGAAAUUUCCUACAUCAUCAUGAAAACCUGUGGUUCUCUUAUACAAACUUGGAUCAUCGAUAUGUGUCGUUCCAUCGAUGGUUACCAACGCUUUUUACCUGCAAUAUUUCAACAGCAUGGUGCUGCCACUUGGACUGUUACACGACCCGCUCUUUUCGUUGAAGACGCCCAGCUAUCUCGGUCUAGGCACUCUUGGGUUCAUCGUCGCUCACGAAAUCAUGCACGGUUUCGAUAAUUCCGGCGUCGAGUUUGACGAAGACGGCGUCCGACGCAAUCUUCUCAGUCCACCUUCACAACUGAAAUUCCAACAGAAAAUGAAUUGCAUGAGCAAUCAGUUCUCCAGCGCCUUCCGGACCGAGUAUUUAAUCAACGGGAAAAGCGUCGUUCUCAAGGUGGAUGGAGAGUUGACUUUAAACGAGAAUGUCGCAGAUUUGGGAGCCAUUAAAGCCAUUGUUGCAACACGGGCUAGAAUGGACCGCGAGUCACCCGCAGCUAAUCUACCCGGCUUGAAUUAUACUCACGAGCAAAUCAUGCUGAUCAACGCCGCUCAGGCCUACUGUGCCCUGAUUACUCCGCAAGCGUACGCUCUGAUUCUCGGUAUGGACGAACACGCUCCGCCACACGAUAGAGUCAACGGUUUCAUGAUGAACUUGCCGGAUUACGGGCGAAUUUUCAACUGCCCGGUGGGUUCGCGUCUCAACCCCAAAACGAAAUGCUCCGUCUGGUAGACGCUCUUCUCAGGACCGAGUUUGAUAUACCUAGAUCAUUUAAUUUGUGAUUACAAUCAUCCUCCUAUGUAAAUAGAAAAUUUCAUUU